AUGGAAGGAGCAAAACCACGUGUUAAUCCAACAAGCUCCUCUGUCAAACUAUCCCUUACUGAAGGAGAGCCAUUUCAGGAUCAUACUCUCUAUAGAAGCACUUUGGGUGUUUUACAAUAUCUCACUCUCACAAGACUUGAUGUUGCAUUCAUCAUAAAUAAACUGAGUCAAUUCAUACAUGCUCCUACGACUAUCCAUUGGGAAGCUUGCAAACGACUCAUGAGGUAUCUCAAAGGCACUGUCCAUCUUGGCUUACAUCUCACACCUGCCUCUACUUUGAGUUUAGAAGGCUACUUGGACGUAGAUUGGGCUUCCUAUAUUGAUGACAGACGAAGUACAGGGGGUUAUGUGAUGUUUUUUGGAGGAAAUCUUGUGUCAUGGUCUGCUAAGAAAUAG